GUAAGACUUCACAUCAUGUAUUCUGACUCAUUUUUACAGAGGAAGCUUGCUUUGAGACAACGCAUGAGUGGUAGUUUUGCUCAGACCAGACCUUGUUUCACACUUUCACUCAAGAAAGAAUCAUCAAAAUAGUGAGUUGCCAACUCUGAAACAACGCAGUAGCUCUGACUUUGGACUACCAUGACACUCAAUGACACUACACAUCACUGUGGUACUUCAAUUCAGGACCUGGUGGCAUCCGUCCUUCCUCCUAUACUCAUCAUUGAGCUGUUACUCGGCGUGCCUGGCAAUGUCGUGGCACUGUUAGUCUUCAGCAGAACCCUUAGGACUUGGAGGGCCAACGUCAUGUUCCUCUUCAACCUGGUUUUGUCUGACUUUCUGCUUCUUGUGAGCCUACCUUUCCGCAUCGACAACUUCGUGCGUAGGGAGAGUUGGAUAUUUGGAGACGCCUGGUGUCGUAUCAACUUAUUCAUGCUGUCAGUCAAUCGUUCGGCUAGCAUUGCCUUCAUGACUGCCGUGGCUGUAGACCGCUACUUUAAAGUGGCCCAUCCGCAUCACAAAAUUAAUUACAUAAGCUCAAAACAAGCAGCCGGGGUUGCCUGCUUCAUCUGGGCUGCUGUGAUAUCUCUGAAGAUCCCUUUGCUGGCCGAGAAACUUCUGACCAUAGAAAACAACACCUAUCUGUGUAGGAGCUUCAGUAACUAUCAGAAAGCAUCACCAGGUCUCCGCUUGCACUAUGUUGUGUUUGUGUUAGAGUUUUUUCUGCCACUAUUACUCCUGAGCUUUUGCUCUGUGAGAAUUGCAUGUAUCCUACGUACACGUCAGAUGGACAAGAAAAAGAAAGGGAAAAGGGCUAUUCGGACUGUCCGGGUGAUCGUUGGGAUUUUUGUCUUCUGCUUCUUUCCUGGCAUCGCCACAGGAUUGACAGCACUCUAUUUGAAAAUCCUUGGAACUGAGUACUGUAAGGCUUACAUGUUCACCAGUCAGUUGUUUUCUACGUCCAUAGCCUUCACUUACCUAAACAGUGCUCUGGACCCACUCAUCUACUGCUUCUCCAGCUCUGUCUUCCGCAAUUAUCUGAAAAGCGUUGUUAACCGAAUUGGAAUCAUUGAGCUAACGGUGAGCCGACGAGGCAGUACGCACAGCGGAUGUGACUGAGGGUGGAUUGGGGAUUGAUAAGCAUUGGCGUGUGUACAUACUGCUUAUAUAUAUAUAGACCAUUACAGUUUUACUUGUCAAGCUUUCUUUUCGCUACAUAUGCAUAAUAUUGUAUUUUUUGUACAUAUAUGUUUAUACUGAUGCAUAACGUAUAGACCUUAUAUAAUAAUAUAAUAUACACUAUUUGUCUAAAUGUAAUUCAUGUAAUUAUUAAUGACAAAUGCAAAAUAAAUGUAAAAAAAAUUGAUUUUCAUCUAAAUAUAGAGUUGACUG